AUGCGUGUGUUUUUACGAGUCUCGUGGCUGUUUCUCGCCGCAUAUGCAGCUGCCGAAUCAUACUAUACGCUUGAGUUGACAUGGACCAAAGGGUCGCCGGAUGGCUUCGAGAGAGACAUGAUCCUCAUCAAUGGUCAAUUUCCGGGCCCUCACAUUGAGUUGGAGCAGGGCGACUGGGCUGAGAUAACCGUCAUCAACAAGAUGCCUUUCAACACUACGAUUCACUCUCACGGAAUCCAUCAAACCAACACUCCUUGGGCGGAUGGUGUUCCGGGAUUGUCGCAACGGCCCAUCCAACCAAACGAUACCUUCACAUACAAUUGGCAUGCAGACACCUAUGGGAGCUACUUCUACCACGCACACUCCCGGGGACAACUCGAUGAUGGAUGCUAUGGACCUAUCACGAUCAAGCCGAAGGCUCACGUUGCCAAACCUUUCGAUAAGAUUGCUUUAGACGAUGUCGCAUCGCUAGAAGCCGCCGAAGCACAUGCCACUCCCCUAAUUAUCUCAGAUUGGCGUCACAAGACCUCAUCUGAAUCAUGGGAGCUUGAGUUAGCAGCUGGUCUCGAAAGUGCUGUCUGUGUGGACUCGCUUCUUGUCAACGGAAAGGGUGCGGUAGACUGUUGGCCUCGCGAGGAUCUCACGAAGUACACAAGUCCUGCUCUGGUACCACUAUUACAACACACCAACCUCUCAGUGACAGACAAAGGUUGCAUACCACCAGAGGUGCUUGCCGUCAUGCUCCCAAGCCCAGAUACCAACAUCACGGCACUUCCUCCGUCAGCCUUCGACGUUUGCACUCCCACCCGGGGCUCCCGAGAAGUCAUCAGAGCACCGUGCUCCAAGAAGUGGAUGGCGCUCGACAUCAUAUCGUCAGCCAGCAUCGGAACAUAUGCGGUCAGUAUCGACAAGCAUCCUUUGUGGGUAUACGCUGUGGAUGGCCACUACAUCGAACCUCUGAAAGUCGAUGCCCUGACUCUCGCCAAUGGAGAGCGUUAUUCGGUAUUCGUACAAUUGGACAAGCCUGCCAGCAACUAUGGCAUCCGGAUCGCUUCCCUGGCUUUGGCACAGCUGAUUGAUACCACUGCUGUCUUGUCGUAUGAGGACACGGAGCAGUCGUACGGAAACGGCUCUAUCACACCCUCCUCGCAGCCAUCCAUCAACCGAGCAGGCGGCAACGCGACAUCCGAUGUGGUCUUCUUCGACCAAGCGAAGAUGGUCUCAUUUCCGCCCCAAUUUCCCCAGCCUGCGCCAGAAGCUGAACAGACGUUCUUGUUCAGCUUAGUCACAGCAGGUAGUUCUUUUCGAUGGGCCCUUAAUGGCACCGCUUAUGACCAUGCCAUCGACGACUCUGAACCACCUCUCAUGUACCGAGAUCCUCUUGCAAUCACCACUCCUGGUAACCUGACACUCGCAACCAAGAACAACACGUGGGUCGAUCUGAUCUUCCAUGUCGCCACGGUUGGCCAGCCUCCCCAUCCGCUCCACAAGCACAGCAACAAGGCCUUCCUUAUCGGCCAGGGCCAAGGAAACUUCACCUGGAGUUCGGUCGCAGAAGCUGCUGCGGAUACACCCGAGAACUUCAACCUGAUUACUCCACCGUAUCGAGAUGGAUUCGUUACACCGCCCAGUGCGACUGGUCCAACGUGGCUUGCUGUGCGCUACCACGUAGUGAACCCGGGCCCUUUCCUACUGCACUGCCAUAUCCAGAGUCACUUGGACGGUGGCAUGUCCAUGAUUAUCUUGGACGGGGUUGACGAGUGGCCUGAAGUACCAAAGAAGUACAUGAACUAGAGGGUACUUCCUUGGAUGGCAAUCCGAU